CUUGCCAAGAAGCCGCCCCCUGCCCGCCGCCGAGAGGGAGCCCGCGCCCCGCCGCGGGGGGACCCGGCGGAGCCGUCGGCGCGCGCGGAGCAUCCCCGCCCGGGCAGCGCGGGAUGGGGCUGGGGCCGGGGCCGCGGCCGCGGGGCUGAGCCGCUCCAUGGCUCCGCGGGGGCCCGGCGGCGGCGCCCCCUGACCGCUCCGGCCGCAGAGACUUUCAAUGUUCUGACUUGCUCUAAGAUGAAGGUAUGGAAGUUUGCAGCCAUUGCCUCGAUGCUCCUCAGUUCCAUGUUGUCCAUUUUAGUUUGUAGAGACAUGUUCAACGGAAGCCGGAAAUACAGCCCCUCCCCAUCCUCGCCGUCAUCGCCAUCAAGGCCGUCCUCCUCUUCCUCGUUGCCUGCAGGUCAGCGGAGAUACCCACGGGCCCUGGAGCAGCAUAACUCACUGAUCUCUCAAUACAGCACCUUGUUCGAAAGCUACACCGAAGGCGAAGUCCGCCAGCUGAUCUCCGCGCUGGUGGAGAAGUACAGCCAGUCGAUGAACUCCGGGGGGCACGAGCUGGCGCUUUUCCCCAAACCGGGGAACCGUAUGAAGCGGGCCCGAGCCCGGCACAAACCCUGCGCCCUCAAGGAGCUGGAGGUGAGUGUCAGCGAGCUGGGCCUGGGCUUCAUGUCCGACGAGAUCGUGCUGUUUCGCUACUGCAGCGGCACGUGCAACGCGCCCGGCCAGAACUACGACAUCUCCCUGCAGAACAUGAGGAGCAAGAAGAAGAUCAAGAAGGAGAAAGUGAGGGCCAGGCCGUGCUGCCGGCCCCUCUCCUACGAUGACGAGGUCUCUUUCCUGGACAACAACAACAGGUACCACACCGUCAACAAGCUGUCGGCCAAGGAGUGCGGCUGCGUGUGAAGCAGGGAAAGGGAUCCCGCGAAGUUUGAUGUCCGUAAGGCAGCAUCAGGAGGUCGAGAGCUCAAGGUCCUGGCCAAAGGGCUAUUGCUGCGACCAGCUCCGGGCUCCGAGCAGCCAAGAAGGCAACUGGUGACAUGCCUGCCUCGGGUCUGCAGUCAGACUCCAGGGGCAGCCGGGAAACUCUUGAUGCUGGGUUGUGUCCUGCAGCCGACCCCCCUUGACAGGAGAUCAAGGAGCCUUUCACCACAUUUGCAGAUGCCUCCGGAUAGGCUGGUGUCCACGGGCCCGUGCGUUGCGAGAAGAAGGGGGCGAGCAAACGGAGAGGUGCAAGGAAAUGCUUGCCGCUUUCCUCCAGGGGUGCAGGCAUCAAGUCGCACCAACCUGGCGUCCACAUGUGCUUGGAUGCCUUUUCCCUUUCUUUUUUUUGCACAGUGGGUUGAGCAGGAAAGCACAGCUGGCUCAUUAUUUCCGAGUCCAAAAGAGGGCAGUUGUCUUCACCUCCAUGUGCCAUUUCUGGCCGGCCCUGAGCUGCAGUCCAGUCCGAAAGAAGGACUUGGGUCAUCGUCCACAUUCCUAACCGUGUGAAAACUGAGGAAUUUCAAAUCACUCUUAGGGCUGAAAGGUACCCCGCCAUGCACACACACGCCAAGACCGAUGGAGAAUCAUGCCCGGGCGUGGGAUUCACAUGGAUGUGGAACCUUUUCAAUGUAGGGAUAAAUGACUGAACCAUCAGGAAACCUUGUUUUAUAUCUUGAAUUCCUAUCUGAUUGUUAUUUUAUCAUACACAUACAGUAUAUUCAUGAUCUGUACAUGUACAGGAAAUAUAUAUAUAGAUAUAGAUAUAAAUAUUGGUGGAGUUUGCAGAAUUACAGAAUGAUAUCAUUCCUUCCAAGCCAUGAUAAGGUCAGUUAAAAACUAUUGCAUGUUUCUGCUCCACCUCUCACUCGUGCCAUUCAUUUGGGGCAUGGCGGGGAUCCUUAUACAUCACCCCCGCCCCCCAGCCUGGUUGCUUGACUGGAGAAAGGAGGGUGCAGGGGUGGGUUACACUCAGGCAUUGGGCACUGGUGUGAUUAUCCAUUUUAGCCUGAAAAUUGCAGUGCAGCCUUAGUGUUCACACAAAUGGGGCAUCCUGAGCUGGUAAGCAGCCCUGAAAAAAAUCACAGCUGCACAAACCAGCCACCUCUUUGUUCAGGAUGCUGCACUGGGGCACGGGCUCAUCGAGAAGGAAGUUGCAGCUACCCCUGGUCCUACUGCUUUUGUGCAGCUGUUUCAUGCUGCUGAGAUAAACCUCUGUGCCACUUCUCGGACUGGCUUUCAAGGGGCACAUCUGUAGCAGAAUCGCUGGCCCCUCCACUCCAGCGCUGUCCCAAAGCCCCCUGCGCAGUAAGGCUUGGAUUUUCAAGGGAGUUCAAUGGCUUGUCUGAUAUUAUUGGAAAGGUACCGCUACAUUGGUGUGCAUCCCAUUAUAUGGUAUAAGGAUGCUUAGACCAGCCUGGAGACAGGGCUAAGUAAUAGCUGUGUAAAACACCAUUAGAGCAGUGUCCACACUAGGGUUUGCGUUGGUAUAGAUAGAGUUGGCAGGGGGGAAAUCACACCUGUGAAUGAAAUGGUUAUACCGCUCCAAAAUCUGUGUGGGCUGAGAGGCUCCAAACUGCUUUGGAAAGUCCCAUUCAAUUGAUCUUAGCACCUGGCUCCCUUGGAAAUCCCUGGGGUAAAGGCUAAGCCCCAGCUUCCGCUUGGCUUCUCGGAGCACAGUGGCUGCUCCAGCUGUGGCUGUCCGUUGAAAGGGAAAAAGGAGAUCCUUGGCAUUCAUACACCACUUUACCUCAGUUGUGUUUUUUUUGGGUUUUUGAUGGACAAAUGUUUUGUGGUUCUCUCCUUUACCUUGAUCCAGGUCCCAAUGAGUCUCUUGGGUGUUGGGUUGGCUCCUAAAAACCUUGCUAUCCUUUCUCACUGCUCAUCCUGCGACUGCCUCCUUCAAUUUGCUCACCCAUUGCAGUGGCUUAUUUCUCACCUUUUCCCCCUCUGCUUUAGUCUUACGGCUCCCAAUAACCUAACAUUAACUGGAUUGACUCUCCAUUUCUUCCACUGCUGCUGUUGUCAGUCGGCCACUUCGUGCGGCUGGGGCUUCCCCGAGUUCACCUUGUAAAAAGAUCCAGAAAUAUUUUGGUGUCUGAGAAGUGUGUGUCUGUAAGGACACCUUUUCAGGCUGGAGAUGCUUUUGGCCGUGACAUUGUGGAAGACCACGGCAAUACAAUUAGGACUGCAUCUGCAUCCUAGUAGUUGAGUGACGGAGCAUAAAAGGUUGGGCUCCCACAGAUUUUGGGGGAGUGCACCUCUGCCAAGGCCAAAAUCCAGAACAGAUUUAAGAACCCAACUGACAACAGCCUUUGCAACAGGAAAUGCUCAUCAAACUCGCAUGUAUUGAAGGCUUAGAGCUGUGCAACCAGUUGACAAAAGGGGUACGAAUGAAUGCUGUGAGCUGGGCAUGUUUGUCGAUAGGUUAGGUUCCUUUCCUCCAAGAACUUGGGUCUUAUUUUCCCGGUGGCAGGAUGUGAGUAAUUCCCAUUGACUUCAGCAGAGCAGAGAGUAAUUCCUAUCAACUCCAAGAGGGCCGUGUAGUUUGUCUCAUGCCUGCAGGAAGAAUCGGGCCCUUUUCAGCUAAGGUUACCAUUUACAGCACUGUCACUGCUGUUUACUCUGUGGAGAAAUAAAUGAGACCACAGACUUUUGCAUUCUCUGAACAGGCUAUAUUUGUCGCCUGGAAUAGAUGGUUUUCUCCCCUUGGCUCUUUUCCCAGCUCAGGCAAACCAUAAACAGAAGGAGAAUAUUGGUGUCAUGUACUGGGCAUUAACAAAGACAAUGGAAAGCGAACAGGCCUGGAAUGAUUUGAUUGCUGUUGACUUCUAUCCCUUUUAUCCAGUUGUAGGCCAGACUUUGAUCCUGGCUACACCCAGCGUAAAUCUGGAAUGACUCGGCGUUGGGAGAGGUGAGAGCAGGAUCUGAACGUAUGUCUUUAUUUCUCUCGGGAGGGCAUAACAAUCAGGGGGGAUGAAUGAUUUUAUGUAUGACCUUGCUGAAACCCUCUCUUAGUAAAGUGAAUUAGCAGGUAUGGCUGGGAUUGCAAAGCGGCCCAAGGGAGGGAAGCACCCGGCUGCCACAGAAAUUCAAGAAUUGGCCCUUCUAUCUGAAAACCCCCUAGUCCCUAAUGGGAAUAGUAACCCAAACACUUCCUGUGUGUAUCUCCAGCAAGACAUGAAAAAUGUAAUGUGGAGAGCAAAUAGCCUAGAUUUCUGACCUCUGGAAAAGGUCAGGCUUUUUUUAAUCGGAUCCAAAAGCCGCUCUUAGCCGAGUGGAGCCAAGAUGUAUCAAAGCAAUAUAAACACCGUCGUUCAGCCAGGCUUGCCUCUCAUGCACCCUGCUUCCAUCUGAAAGCAGCCUGUAAUCCAGAUUCUUACCCUCACCUUUGAAAGCAGAGCCCAGAUGUAGAAACUGGCAGUCGGAGAAGGGAAUAAAGUCCAUCUGUUGGGUAUUACAUGCAUGUAAAGCCUCUGGUCAGCUUGCAAAAGGCAGCUGCUUUAGAGCACUUGACUUCUACCUGGUUCACACAUGCCGAGUUGUACGGACCUCGGCUAAUGCCACAUCAGGGACAUGACCACGCAGAACAAGAGGUGCUGCUAACACGAGCCUGGUCUGCUGCCAGCUCAGAAAUGAUAGGGGGCAUGUUGGAAAAUCCCAGUGGCUUUAGCCGGCUGGGUCCCAUCUCUCAAUGCGAGCUGCACCUUAUAACUCAACCCGUGGUUUCAAGGUGGAGUCCCACUCUCUGGGCCCUGACACCAAUAGGAGCCUGUUGCUGUUAGUGGAGUUCCUCCAGUUUUGUUUCAGAUCCUAUGUCUUCUCCGCUGGUUUUUGUUUAGUACCACGUGCCAAGUCCUUUGACUUACCCUGGGCGGCUCCAGUGGGUUAAAGUCUCCGCUAACACCAGUACAAAUCAGGAAUAACUGUGUGGAAGUCACUGGAGUUACAAUGGAGUACAGAAGUGGGCUAAGUGAAUGGAGAAUUCAGUCCACUGACUUCACAGAGAUUGCCUGGGGUACAAGGCAGCUCAGCCUCUGACCUAUUUGAUGGAAAUAUCAAAGAUACAAAUGAUGUUUACAGCUGUGACGGAGAUGAAGCGCUUGCCAGAGUCAGUAAAGGGUGACAUUUUACAUCUGGCAGUGACCCGACGCUCUAAAACCAGCGGUUGCAGUACCAGGCCGUUGUGUGCGGCUCUCGGCUACGAGUAAACAGAUUAGAUAAACUCUGGGCAUACUACGGUUUGGCAAGCCUUGUGCUCUGUGACACAGCCCCAGGGAGGAACAGCGUUAAUUCUUCCUGUUUUCAUUCCCCGGAGGCAUGCAGGAAAAUGCACCAUAAUGAAAAAAAUAUUGUGAGCAGGAGGGCUGAUGCCCAGUAGGAGAGCUGGCCAAAACGGUUGUGAGCAGUCCUUCAAACUCGAAAUAGCUCUUUGUUUUCCCCACGUUGGUACCACCCUGGUGUUCCAGCUGCUAAGCAGGGUUGUAUUUAGGAGCCGGGGUUUGCUCUCCGAACUGGCUCCUCUUCAGAGACCUGUAUUUGCUUCUGACCCAGCGUAGCUCUGACCUGAGUUUUUGCUCUUCGGUGUUUGUCGUUUUGUAGCUGUCGUUCUCCCGUUUCGGAGAAAAGAAGUGGCUCUCCAAUGAAGGAGAAGAAACAGUGUCGUGUGAGUUAGACCGCUCAUCCCAAAUGAGACGUGAAAGGUUGAAGCCAACAGUUGGUGAAGAGCCUUUGUGAGCUGUGACUUACUUGUAGUUUGGCCUGGGGGCAGAACUGGGACACCCGGGUCCAAUUUGUAUCCAUGCUGUUGUCCUGUCCCAGGACCGCGGGAUAACGUCUCACCCUCUCUGGUCUCAGUUUCCCAAUCUGAAAUUUAGGAUAAUGCCCAUGAUUGCAAUGGUUUGGGGGCUUAAGUGCCCUCUUCAAAGCUACAGAAGACAGUGGGAGUAUUUCCAUUGAUUUAAAUGUGUAUGAUAUCAGGCCUGCAAAAGGUGACCUCCAGUAAAAGCAAAUCCUUGCCAAUAGCAAAUGCAAAUCUGUCUUUCAUGAAGAGAAGGAAAAGGCCAAAUCUGACAGAUUGGAUUUGAUGGAUGUAUUUUCUACCUAUUUAAUUACAUUGUACUUUAUUGUUUCCAAGCAUUGUUUGUAACCCUGCAGCUAGGCGGGGAUGGUAGAUGGCAUAACAUUAAACUUAAGAGCUGGGAUCGUAGCGCAUUCAAUUUACAAGAGAUAAGAGGCUCAUUCUUCUGACUUAAAAAAAAACCUAAUAAUAAUAAAUGGUCUCUUGAGCGCUCGGCUCCUUUCCAAUUCUGAUUCCACUAUAAAAGUAAAAUUAAUUUUGUUGCCGAAGCCUCCAGUAAAAUAAGAAAUAAAGCGAAUGUGUUGCAGAAGUAGUACAGGGCACAACGCAGGACUCCAGGAAUAAGGAGCCUAUUGGUUUGUGUUACUUCUUGGAAGAGCUGGUUUGAGGUGCUCCUGCCCAGUUCAUUAGCUGAGGAGUCAACCCGUUAAAUAAUUCCCAAGCUGCUGCAUCCAUGCCGAAUCAGCACUCGUUUGUGUGUGCUUUCAGGACUUGUGGAGCAUAUCCCAUGGAUCUUCCCCAACGUGAGAACUUGGCACGCGGGAGAAAGUCUGGGAAGGCAUUGGUGCCAGGGUCAGCACCCUUGGAUCUGGUCCGCAGGUGUGGGGCUUCAAUGGCAUUUUGUCACAGAGGGCUUUGACUGCGAGUGUUUUCCCCAAGCCACUGAAGAGACGGGCAGCAGCAGCAUCUGGGAUCUAGCACCCAUCUGCCCAUCGGCUUCUGACCCAGGGUGGCUUGUUCCUACAGCUUAAAAAGAUGGCAUUCCCAGCACUAGAGGCUUAUCAGUGUUGGACACAGGCAUCCUGCUGGCAUCCUUUGACCCCAGCUGAUUUCCUGCCCGUGGAGCAGGGGGCAAGACUCAAUCUCCCGAGGUCCCUUCCAGCCCUAACGUCUAUGAAAUCCAUAUUGCAGAUAUAAGCAGCUAUCAACUGUUAAUUUUAGCCUAUACCCAAGUGGCACGUCAGCCAAUUCAAGCUCCAAGUACCGUUACAUCCAAGUGGAGGAUGCUUAUGAUGACACUUAUGCCUUGUGCGUCCAGGGCUUGAGUUGCAACUGUAGACUUAUCACUGGAGUUAAUUUUUUCAAUGAAGACAAUCCUUCACGAUCUGGUCCUGCAGAGAUUGACUAUAGGAGUGAAUGGGAACUUGGAGUUGCGUUGGGUUGGCAUGAUUUGGCCAGUCAUUGCCUGUGCCUCUGUCUUCAGAUGCCCAACUUGAUAUGCCUUCAAGAGGCCUGAUCUCCAGAAAGCCCUGGGCUCCAUGUCCUCUGAAGUCAGGGACUUUAAGUGUCUCCAGUUGCGUAUUUGUGAUCAGUAGUCCUUAGUCUUGGCCUCUUGAGCUUGAUUUUGAAGCCAGUGUAAUACUCGUGUAAAUGGGGUUUCUUAGAGGAUGGUGGCUUUAAUUCAGCUACGUUGGUUCAUUUUGUUCUUUCUUGAUGCGGCUAUGCACGCUGAUACUAAAGCAGAGGUCUAACUGCAGCUCACCGAGGAGCACCUGUCAGAGGCAUCCUUCGGUGCCGCUCUGUAGUGGCUCUGACUGUUGUAGGCCCGACGGCGGAGUUGGAACAAUCCCCGGUUUUAGUCCUGUCCUCCGUAGGGAAUGCAAGAUCGGGGCUGUAAGGGAAGGACCACUGAAAGGAAACUAAUGUGGGCACAUGCACGGGUCCUGCUGCGGCUCUGAGGAGCAUGUGAAGAAGACAGGGAAGAGUUGAGGUGAGGAGUGUGCUUGGACCUUUGCAUUGUGGAGCGUUGCCUGUCUAGAUGAGUUUCACGUCAGAGGUUGGAGCAGUGCUCCUGAAGAUGCAGGGAAACCUUCCCCCAAGCAAAACUCAGUCUGAUUCAGGCUAGGAGAUGAAGAGAGCAGAGACUUUAACUCGCUUCUGCUCAUUCACUUCUAUUUGAAGUAUUUACAUUGCUCCUAAAAUAUCCCCCCCUCUUCCUUCCUUCCUUCCUUACGGUCUCUACUUAUGGCCACUUUCUGUGCGUGGUGCUCCUUUGGGCUGCUAGGCAGUUGUUGGGUUUCAACCUAGUGGAGCUUGCAUUUCAAGGAGCGGUGCCAGCAAGCAGAAGUGGGGGUGGAGGGUUGUUCCUUGGCUACACUGGACCAAAUCCCAACCUCGGAUGUGCGUGACCGAAGGCAGGAUCGGGCCAUGGCGCUCACAAUCCAUUAGCACAGUGCUUUGAGAUCCGCCUGGAUGGCAGGAGCUGUUUACAUGGAAGAUGAUUGAGGCAGGAGGCCUUGCCAAGGGAAAGGGAAUGUGAAUUAUGCAGAGCUUCAAGACGGAUCCAUUAGCUCAAAGCUCCAGCUGCGCCAUUCGCUGCGGCUUUCUGACAAUCGAGGCUGCUUUCAGCCUCUUGAAGCUGAUUAAAAUGUUCCGAUAUUUCCUAAUGUCCAAUAAAGUCUUUGAAACUACUGCGGAGUGUCGUGUCGUUCUGGCUGCCAACCUGCUCCAGCCUUGGAUGGAUGUCAGGGCGAUUCCACAUGGCGUUUGCCGGCAGGGUGUCUGUUAGCAUAACCCCAUUCCAGACAUCCCUGGGUCUACGAGCACGUGAAGCAAAGGCUGCAUUGUCCGUGGAGAACCACAAAAUGAGUCAGUAGCACAGCAGAGGGCACUCAAACCCCUGAGCUCUGGGAUCAGGCCUUCUAGUAGGAAGCCGACUGGCAAUUAGCACUGCAGGACGCUAGCCUCUCGAAAUGCAUGCUUUCUUCCCACACUGUAUUCUGCCACAACGCACUGCAGCAGAACGGCCUCUCUGCUAUUUGCGCUCAAGCAGUUUUCCGCUGCUCUGAUCUAUGCAAGGGCCUCGAGGUAGGAGCAUGUCACAGUUCCCCCCACAACUCGAAGGCUUUUUACACGACGGGAGUGGUGCAAAAAGAUCUGGGUGCAAGUGAGAACCAGGCUCCUUGGACAGUCCAUUACACCAGUGCAAAGUGCGUGCAUAAACGGGAUCGUUCCGGCUGGGGACCCUUCUGCACUCCUUUUGCCAUGGUGUAAUAGUUACUUACGGUCCCGGCCGGUGCAGAAUUAGGCCUCACAAUAUGGUUGUACUAGUGCAACACUGAGAUCAAUAUUGGCUUUUUAUGUUCCCAGGGGUGGCGGGGGAAAUGCCUCCUCUUGGGUUUUUUUCUUCGCACCCCAGGCUGCCAAACUGUAUGCAAAUACUACUACUUCCUUGCACCUCCUUGAGCAUGUCUGAUAAAUGCAGCAGAUGUGGUCCUUGUGUGGAUCUGACUGUUACACAUUGGGUUUCUGAAUGUAAACCUCCCUCCCUUUGCUACUAGAUUAGUUGGAAAGAUAAUCCUCUGUCACCAGAGGAUGGAUUUUAAUGUGUGCAUCUCUCCCUGUCCUGUUUGGGGCCAUUUUACAGAUGAAAUACGAGUCUCUGUUUUGUGUUGCAUCAUGUUGUUGCUCAAUUGGUGACACUCUUCGUGCUCCUCCGUUGCUUGCACACUUCAAUGUGUUUCUAAUAGAGUCAUGCUCUAAUGGUUUGCUGAUGCUUUCCAUGUCUACAUUGCUGUGUCAGUGGCAAUAAGACAUGUAGCCCAUCAUAAAAGCGCUUAAAUUACAGCAAGGGCAAAAGGAUGGAGCGGUCUCUCCAUGAAAGCUGCACCAAAACCUGUCAUCUGGCUCUUUGCACAUUAUCACGUGCACUAUUUAUUGUUAAGCAUAAUAAACAAUGGAUAACAUCUGUUGGGCUUUUUUUCCCCCCCUGCACCAUACAUCUCCGUGUGCUGCCGAUCUGCAUUCGCUGAAUACAUCCCCUGUCAACAAAGGGUGACAAAAAGAUUUCAUAGCGUUCGAAAAAAUGAUGAGCUUUGGAAAAACGAUGAUGCAUGGGGGUGGUUGAAAAAAAACCAAAAAACCCCAGCAGUUGUGAUCACGUUUUGUUGCAUCGUUUUAUUUUCUUCUGUCUGAUUGUGAGCUGCAACAUAAGUCACUGCCUUUUACACAGAAAUGGGUUAAUGCAGACAUGGCACCAAGACGGUGGCUGUGAUGCCCCUGUUUAAACCUGCAGGAUUUCCAUUAGCCAAAAUGGAGUCACUCCUGAUCUGUUCUGGCCUGUGCGAGAGGGACUAUGCCCAAUAUUGUUCCAAUUACAUGAAACCAUUGGGAAAUGUGUGUUUCCAAGUUUAAAUAAGUCUGGAAACUUUCUGGUAAGGAAACAUUUUGCCCUAAUUUAUUAAGACAUUAUUUUUAGGGGAAAAAAAAUCACUGUUCUGUUCAUAAACAGGGUUACUGCUGAACUGGUGGUUCAGCGAGGAGUUAAACGGCAGUCUCCGUAUAAAAUAGGAGAGCAACUUCAAAUGAAUUGAAAGAAACAGGAUGGGAGUGGAAAACAAUAUUUCAUUUCUUUUUGUACGUUCCACAUAAUGGAGGUCUUUUACUGAGUUCUUCUGAGUACCGAUGAUUUAGUCUUCUGCGCUGGUCUAAUUCAUCUGUUAAAAACCGCUUCUAUUCCGGCAUUGUUGGGCUCGAAUGACCGACUACAAGAAGUUGAUGCAAUGCAUCUAUAUUUUAGAUAAUCUCUAUUUAUUCAAAGUAACUUAUGUUAUUUAUUUAGAUGCCAUAGUGUGCAGUCUACAUAAUGCAUUCUUUCUUUUUUUUUUUUCCUUUUAUUUAUUGAGCAAAAUGGUGCCAAGUGCAGUUUACAUUUAUUACAGUCUAUCAUUUAUUCUGAACAUUGGGGGAAAAUGCAGUAUGAGCUUUUUUUAAAAAAACAAAACAAAACAUAAACCUGGGUGUGAUGCUGUUACAUACUCAAGAUAAGGUGAAAAUAAACUAAGGAUUGUAUUGA